AUUCACUUCGUGUACUUUCGGCAGUACCAUGCAUAUCCGUCUCGGCGCUUUAAUCAGGGCAAGUGGAAUGUUAGUAAGCUCAUUCCUAUCACGGCCCUUGAUGAUGAGAAGGCCAAGGUGUGGUUCAUGUAUCAAUUGCAGAAGUUGUCCAGUUUGCGGAGUAGGUGGGCAGGAGCAGGAGGGAGGGAUGGACGCCGACAAUCUGCUCCGCGGAAGUGGACCUGUCGUCUUGAUGGGCUGAUAGAACCGGGCGCCGUCAUUGAUAUGGAAGUGCUGGAGACCUUUGAUGUGAAGAGGAUUUGCGUUGGAUUGUUGCUUGCUGUCCUAUUCAGUCUGGCGGUGGCCCUUGCGUAUGGCUUUGCUGUUGAUAAGGACUUCUCGACGGGUUUCUCGAUCGCAAGCUGGAUCAUCACUGCCGCGGGUUUCUUUGCUGCGAUCGUGGCGCUUUUCGGAGACGAUAGCUCGACGUCGUUGAGGGCAAGCUUGAAUGCGAGUCCGCAGGAGGUCCCGGAGCGAUUUUGGGAAGAUAGAUGAAGGCGGCCGUCGUCAAGUGCAUGGUAGUCAUAGCCAUGAUUGAAGCAUUGUAGCGAAUAAUU